CUGACUGUUAUUAUCUCGCAAACCAAUUCUAUCUCAUGCUUAUUAGCUGAUUCUGUUUGAUUCACGUACGUUCUCUUGGGUGCUUCUUCUUCCAGCCGGCGUCACCUGCGAGUCCCCCAUCUCUUCUCUCGGCCAUGAGUCAAUCAAGCUCACCACCAGGGAAAAAAGAGCCAAAAAAGGACAGAGCAGCAUGGACUAAUGGGCGCUUAAGUUUUCUAGUGUCAAUGAUGAAAGAGUACUCAGAUGUGGGGAAGUACCGUGGCCAAAAUGGGUGGACAAAGGAAGGAUGGCAGGCUAUGAAAGACCGAUUAAAUGCGAGACCUCCUGGAGCUAAUUUUACUGUUCAACAGCUGAAAGAUAGGGAGCAAAGGCUGAAGAAGGAAUUGAAUGUCGUCAAGUCUAUUGUAGACAAGAGUGGAUUUGGUUGGGAUCCCAAGAACAAAGUUCCAACGGCUCUAGAUGAAAAAUGGGAGGAGCUAUCAAGUGAACAACGCAAGUGGAGGCACAAACCAUUUCCGUACUAUGAUGUCCUAUAUGAAAUUCAUGAAGGUAAAAUGGCAGAAGGCAAGCAUUGCAAAAGGACAACUGAUGGUACUGAAGAGAGGUACAAGAAUAUGUCCCAUCUUCCUGAAAAUGGAAGCUAUACUGAUGAUGUUAUGAGGGCUACUAGUAUGGAUUCUCCUGAGGCAACACUAUCUGCUCCAGGGUCAGCAAUCCCAGAAUAUGACUGGGGCGGAAAUAUAUAUGGUGAUGAUGUUGAUUUAUCAUAUGGUGGAUAUUCAGAACCUUUAGGGGGUAAUGAAAAUCAUGUUUCAGCAGUAGAAGAUUUAACAAGUGUGGAUUCACCUCGAAGGAAGAGGCUUCGGAAUUCAAAAGGAUCUGAUGACGGAAGUUACAAAACUAAGGGUAAAAGAGGCAAGGACAUUGUGUUGGCCAACUUGGUUUCUGUGAGGGAAGAAGAAAUGCAGACUUAUAAGGAAAUGAAGACAAAGCAAAUUGACAGCUACAAGGAAAUCAAGAUGGCCCAAAUGGAAAGGAAUGACCCCAAAAAUGAUCCUUAUGGCAUGCCAAACUGUAUUCAGAAACUUAGAACAUUGGGACUCACACCAAGUGACCAGCACAAGAUGAUUAACCAUCUGAAAGAAGAUAUGCUAAACCGUCAAACAUUCAUGGAAGUAGACGAUGAUGUUCUUUCUGUGAUUAUCAAAGAAGUGGUGGCCCCGCAUGUCUGAAGGUUACCAAAGCAGGAGACAUUUUAUUUAAUCAUGUUACCAUUUCAUUUAUAUGUUCGUUCAGUUUCAUGAAUCGUUGCCAAUUAAGUAGUAUCAUGUUUCUUUCCAUAUUGUGAAUAAAGGAAGCACAAUAACUCUAUUUAUUCUUUUUA